UCCAAAGUUAUGCACAAGGUUAUUAAAAUAACCUUUUAUAUUAUUAUAAUUUUUUUACCUUGUUUAGGUUUCAUAUGGUGAGAUCUGACACAUUUCUGAGAAGAUUUGACCAACUGUAGAUCAUCAGUUACAGGCGGCAGCUAAAGAGUUAACUUAGUUUUGACUUCUAUCGAAAUGAAUUGUAUCAACAAAUUUAUGAAGACAUGCCUUGUGCGGCCCUGUGGAAGAACAAUUUCAACUACAAGUGGUUUAAAUAUAUACUUUUCAAAAACAGAAGAAAAGGCUAGAAGCAACGCUGUCGUUAAAGAAGCAGAAAGAGCUGUUGGGUAUCCAACAUCUUUUUUAAGUCUUCGUUGGAUUUUGAAUGACGAAAUAGCAAAUAUAGCUUCUCAUAUACGAAAGUUGUUAGGAACCAACCAUCCUUUAUUAAAAACAGCCAAGAGUUUGCUGCUGCGAAAUGAACAGGCCACAUGGGGACUGAUUGUUCUUCUGGUAUCAAAAGUAGCUGGAUUAAAUUCAAGUUUUUCAGAGCUAGAAUGUGACAGGACUGCUGAUAUACUUCAUAGUCAAAGGAUUUUGGCUGAAGUGACAGAAAUGAUUAAGACUAGUCAUUUAAUACAUAAAGGUCUUGUAAAUAUUACCGCGUCCACUGAAAACCCAUCUGACAUGAACUUUGGCAACACAUUAGCUUUAUUGUGUGGUGAUUACCUACUUAGUACAAGUUUUAUAGAAAUAGCUCGUUUAAAAAAUUUUUACGUGCAAGAAACUAUGUCAUCGACAUUGAGAGAUUUAUCAGAAUCUGAAUUUAUUGGUCUGAGAGGUAACCAGAAUCAACCAUUGCCUUCAAAACCCCUUGCCAUUCAAAAACAAGUUGAUAUACCACUAAAAUUUGGAGUGGAACCCUUUGAGUUAGAAAAUGUUUUGGGAAAUAUGAAAGCUGAGUGGAUUUUAAGAAAUGUUUUAGGAGGAGGGAGUUUAUUAGGAAAAGGAUGUCAGAGUAGUUUAAUUUUAGCCAAUCAUGAAUCUCAUGUACAAGAAUUGGGGUAUACUUUAGGGAGAAGUUUAGCUCUAGCAUGGCAAGCUUCUUUAGAGAGAGACUUAAUUAAAGAAGAAACAUUCAGUCUAGUUUCAGCACCAGUAAUGUUUCAUUUGGAGUAUGAACCAUCAUUUUAUACUGAAAUUGAAAAAGGGGUAUAUGAUUAUGCUAGCAUUGAUUAUGAUUUAAUACGGAAAGUUGUGUCUGGUGGUCCUGGUUUAGAUAAAACUCUUGAAUUGCAGGAUGAAUUCUCAGCAAUUGCUUUAGAUGUGUUAGACAAGUUUGCAGAUAGUGAAUCUAAAGUAGCUCUUACAAACAUAAUCAAGUCACUGUGAUUUAGACUAAGAUAUAUUUAAAAAAUAAACGCAUGAAAUGAC